UGCUUCCCUUAUGGUAAACUUUGUUAUUGCAGGGGAAGGUUCUUUACCAUGAGAGUGCUCUGUGGUCAUAGAGCAAGAAUAUGAGGGCUGGGAUUUGACACUCAACACACCUGAACCCCUAUUUAACCAUUGUCUGACAGGGAAAUAGAUAGAAAAUUGUGAAACAUGACAAUAGUGUCAGUUGAUAGUAGUGGUACAUUCAGACUAGUUAUGUAAUUACAUGAAAUAUGUUUUUCUUAAAUUAUGGAUGAACACUGGUGCCUAGUAGUUAUUGUACUCCAGUCAUAAUGGUUGAUGUUCAGGACUUGUCUCUACAUGUCCAUAGAGCUUUGCCCAGACAUGUACUAGAUCAGGAAAGUAGGAAGGCUUUGUGAAUCACUGUCUGAUGGCUGUUAAAUACAACUGCAGCGUUCUCAAUACACAGUCCAGUUCCUCCGUUACACAUAUGAAGUAAGUUACAAUUAAGAUUUUGAGAGAGGCUUACUUGUGCAUAAAUGAACCAGAACAACCAUGGCCAGUUGUAAGCGCAUCCUGAGCUCUCUGGGGAAAAGUCCUGCCAGGCAGAACCUGUUUGGCCCAGUUGACCGUGAGCAGCUGCAGCAGGAGUACCAGGACACCCUGCGCACAGACCUGGAGGACGCCUGUCGCCGCUGGGGCUUCGACUUCCUGUCAGAUAAGCCUCUGGCUGGGGGAGACUUCCAGUGGGAAGAGGUACCGGGCACCAAGGUGCCUCUUCUCUACCUGCCCUGCCUGUUGAGUCAGGGGGAGGCACAGAAGAUCAGAGGGCCGGCAGCAUCCACAGGGAGGGUCAGGGCGGGGCCAUGGCACCGUGGCAAGGAAAACAUCCCUUGCACCCCUGAGAAGUACAGAGCCAACCUCCAGAACCUGGAGAAACCGCAAGACAAGAACGAGAACAAACUGAAGAGGAAACAGACCAACCUCACAGAUUUCUACCAAGCCAAGAAGAGAGUGGUGGGUACGUCGCUUAAGUCAGGCCGGUGAUUUCAGAGACACAGUCACAGCUGCCAGGGAGCCAACAGUCGGACAAAACCACAGCAAGCACUACUUCUCUCAGGAACCCACACGCUGAAUAGACUGAGUACAUACAGUACACUUACCAGAAGGAAUACAUAACCAAUCCUCUGAACAAACGCAGUGAAAAAUGAAACAACCUAUUUUAUUGCAUCCAUUACCGAUGCAUACUGUUUUAUUUUAAUAUCCAUGUAGGUUAACCGAUGUACAAUUGAUUUCAAUGUAAGGGGGCUUGUGUUCUCCCUGUGGUAAGGGAGGGACAUUCUAAUCGUGCAUCCAUGACCAUUUGUGAGUCAUGAAAGAACAUCCUCUGCACCUUUAUGACCGUUUAGUGUAAGGAAGACUUGAAAAUCUAAGUCUGGACAGUUAAGGUCCUGCAUUCCACAGCACUGAUAUAGACCAAUCGAAACCAUGCCUCUGGGUCUAUGCAUAAAUCGUCUUGUUUUGAUGACAUGUUGAAAUUAUGAAACCAUACUGUUUAUGGUGCUGAGUUUGAAUCUACUGUAAUAUGGUGUCACAUUGAGAGGAUGCUUGAAAAAAAUGACCACAACAACACAAUAGUCUUCAACAGUCUUUCCAGUUCAAAUAUCCAAAUGUAUGGAUUGAUGUUUUUUUCAUUAUGCUGUGUCUCUCAUGAAGAGGGCCAAUAAGAGGGUUAUUGUCUGUCAUUUGCAAGCACUUCCUUUCCAAUGUAUGCGUUGUUGUACAUGAGAUUUCACAAUUUAAAUAUGUGUCUCAACAUGUACUCAUAGGAAUCUACUUGAAGGGUACUGCUCUGCAUAAAAUUAUGCAAACUCCUAUAUAGAAA